CACGCGCUCCAGUUGAGAGUGGCGUUGGAUCUGAUUGGCUACACCUGUGAAAGAACUGGAGAAUCUAGGAAUAAGAAAGGGAAAUGGAAAGAAAUAAUGAAGUGAAAAGAUGCAGAGAGUGAGAGUGAAACAGCAUUGGAUCCUGAAAAAGUUUGUUUUCUUUUUCUCUCACUUUCUUGCUUCCCAAACAACACCCUUUAAUUCUCUCUCUUCCACUCCCCAAGAAAGUGCUGUGUGUGUGUGUGUGUAUAUAUGCAAGAAUUAAGAAAGGGAGGCAUAGUACUAUUGUACUAGACUGAACACUCCUCCUCAAGCUUUAGGCUUUCGUGGCUAGUCCAUUGAUAAAAAAAAAAGAGAAACACAGAAUACUGAAAAAAUAUGAGUACUAAAAAGUAAAACUUCUCUGUUUUUACUUUUGUUCUUGUCUCGGGUUUUCAAGAUUUAUUUAGAGAAGAAACAGAAGAAGUGGUAUAGAUCAUAGGAGGAGGCAAUGGGAGCUAGGUGCUCCAAAUUAUCACUCUGUUGGUGGCCUUCCCAUCUCAAAUCAAAUCUCAACUAUUCCUCUGAUCUUGAGAAUGGGGAGUUAUUGCCUGGUGGGUUUAGAGAGUACAGUUUGGAGCAGCUAAGAGCUGCCACGUCAGGGUUCAGUUCGGACAACAUAGUAUCAGAACACGGAGAGAAAGCUCCGAAUGUAGUUUACAGAGGAAAGCUUCAAGAAGAUGAUCGCUGGAUUGCUGUUAAACGCUUUAACAAGUCUGCUUGGCCUGAUUCUCGCCAAUUCCUUGAGGAGGCUAGAGCAGUGGGGCAGUUAAGGAAUGAAAGAUUGGCCAAUUUGAUAGGGUGUUGCUGUGAAGGAGAGGAGAGGUUACUUGUUGCUGAGUUUAUGCCUAAUGAGACUCUCUCUAAGCAUCUUUUUCAUUGGGAGAAUCAGCCGAUGAAAUGGGCUAUGAGGUUGAGAGUGGCUCUUUAUUUAGCUCAAGCUUUGGAGUACUGUAGUAGUAAAGGAAGGGCAUUGUACCAUGACUUUAAUGCAUAUAGAAUUUUGUUUGACCAGGAUGGUAACCCGAGGCUCUCCUGCUUUGGCCUGAUGAAGAACAGUAGAGAUGGAAAGAGCUACAGUACAAAUUUGGCAUUCACCCCUCCCGAGUACUUGAGAACUGGAAGAGUGACACCGGAGAGCGUGGUUUAUAGCUUUGGCACCCUAUUACUUGAUCUUCUCAGUGGAAAACAUAUCCCUCCAAGCCAUGCACUUGACCUUAUACGCGGAAAAAAUUUUCUGAUGCUGAUGGACUCUUGUUUGGAGGGUCAUUUUUCAAACGAUGAUGGAACUGAACUUGUGCGUUUAGCUUCACGUUGCUUACAGUUUGAAGCUCGUGAGAGGCCCAAUGCAAAAUCUCUUGUCACUGCUCUCACUCCUCUUCUAAAAGAUACUCAGCAGGUUCCAUCCUAUAUUUUGAUGGGUAUUCCACAUGGAACUGAAUCCCCAAAGCAAACAAUGUCAUUGACACCUCUAGGGGAAGCUUGCUCAAGACUGGAUCUUACUGCAAUACAUGAAAUGCUGGAAAAGGUGGGAUACAAUGAUGAUGAGGGAAUUGCAAAUGAGCUUUCCUUCCAAAUGUGGACAGAUCAGAUACAGGAAACGCUGAAUUGUAAGAAACGUGGUGAUGCUGCUUUUCGAGCUAAAGAUUUUAACGCUGCCAUUGAUUGUUAUACUCAAUUUAUCGAUGGCGGGACCAUGGUAUCUCCAACUGUAUUUGCUAGACGCUGUUUGUGCUACUUGAUAAGUGACUUGCCACAACAAGCUCUUGGAGAUGCUAUGCAAGCUCAAGCAGUUUCUCCCGAGUGGCCCACUGCCUUCUAUCUUCAAGCUGCUUCCCUCUUUAGCCUCGGGAUGGACACUGAUGCACAGGAAACUCUAAAAGAUGGCUCAUCUUUAGAAGCUAAAAAUCAUGGAAACUGAAAAUGUAUAGCCUUUCGUAUUUAUUUUUUUCCUUUUAAACUUGCGCACUCCAUGUAUUCAUCUCUAUUUGUUUCCUUUUGCGCUUGAAUUACUGCAGCACCACACGGGUUAACUGUAUUAUUUA